CGCGCAGUCACGGCCAUGGCGGCGGGCGGGCCGGUGGUGAACGGGGGCCGAGGGGCCCGGGCGGAGCGGGGGGCCCCGGGGGGGCCCGGGGGGCUCCGAGCGGCCGCCGGGAUGUACGAGCAGCUCAAGGGCGAGUGGAGCCGCAAGAGCCCCAACCUCAGCAAGUGCGGGGAGGCGCUGGGGCGGCUCAAGCUGGCGCUCCUGGACCUCAACUUCCUCCCCACCUCGGGCACCAAACUGACCAAGCAGCAGCUCAUCCUGGCCCGGACAUCCUGGAGAUCGGGCGCAGUGGAGCAUCUGAAGAAGGACAUCCCGUCCUUCGAGCGCUACAUGGCCCAGCUCAAGUGCUACUUCGAUUACAAGGACGAACUCCCCGAAUCCGCCUACAAGCACCCUUUGGGGCUGAACCUGCUGUUCCUGCUGUCCCAAAACCGCGGCGAGUUCCACACGGAGCUGGAGCGGCUGCCGGAGGACAUCCAGAGCAACGUCUACAUCAAGCACCCCGUGUCCCUCGAGCAGUACCUAAUGGAAGGCAGCUACAACAAAGUCUUCCUGGCCAAGGGCAACAUCCCGGCGGAAAGCUACACCUUUUUCAUCGAUAUCCUGCUGGACACCAUCCGGGAUGAGAUUGCCGGCUGCAUCGAGAAAGCCUAUGAGAAAAUCCUCUUCCCCGAGGCCACGCGCAUCCUCUUCUUCACCAGCGCCAAGAAAAUGACCGAUUACGCCAAAAAGAGGGGGUGGGUGCUGGGACCCAACAACUCAUACACGUUCGGCACCCGCCAACCCAAACCCGAAGACGCCACCAUCCCGUCCACCGAACUGGCCAAGCAGGUCAUCGAGUACGCGCGGCAGCUCGAGAUGAUCGUUUAGGGGGCGGGGGGCCCCAAAACCCCCCCCCCACCCCCCAAAAAUCCCCCCCCAUAUGUGUGUGCGUCCCCCCCCAUCCACUUUGGGUUCCCCGCCCCGUUACCCCCCGUUCCCACACGGUUUUGGGGCUGGCUUUUAAUUAUUUAAAGGAUUGUGGGGGUGGGGGUGGGAAGGGGGGGUUUGUGCCCCCCGCCCCACACCCCCAAUUUGGGUGGAAUUUGGGGUGGGGGGGGGCGGCUUUUUGCCCCCCUGCGGCUUCAAUAAAGCGCCGGUUGCUCUUC